ACCACCACCCCUUUCCCUCCUCACCCCACCCCAGCCCAAGUCGUCCUCAACUCACCCAUCACUCACUCGCCAAUGUCCACCCCGCAGCCCGCGGCGAUCCUUGACAUGCCUGCGGACGACUCGAACAAUGGCGCCACGGCGGCGCGGCAGAGGCGGAGGCGGCUGCUCCUGUGCGCCAACUACGCGGCCCUGCUGGGCGGCUCCGUGGCGUCCAGCCUUCUGUCCCGGUACUACUUCGCGCACGGCGGGCACGACCGGUGGGUGGCCACGCUGGUGCAGUCGGUCGGGUUCCCGAUCCUGCUCCUGCCCGUCUACGCCUGCCGUCCCUCUUCCCCGGACCAGCCGCGCCCCUUCUCGUGGUUCUCCCGGCGUCUACUCAUGGCUUGCGUCGUCAUCGGGCUGCUCAUGGGCGUCAACAACCUGCUCUUCUCCUACAGCUCCUCCUACCUCCCGGUGUCCACCUCGUCGCUGCUCCUCUCCACGCAGCUCGCCUUCACGCUCGUCCUCGCCGUCGUCAUCGUGCGCCACCCGUUCACCUUCUCCAACCUCAAUGCCGUGGUGCUCCUGACCCUCAGCUCCGUGCUCCUCGCGCUCCGGUCCUCGGAUUCCGCGGAGCAGCGAAGCCGGGCCGACUACUUCGUGGGCUUCGCGGUGACUCUGGGCGCGGCCGGGCUCUUCGCGGCGUAUCUCCCGGUCAUGGAGCUGCUGUACCGCAGGGCGGUGUCCGGCGGGUCGUUCAGGAUGGUGGUGGAGGUGCAGGUGGUGAUGCAGGCGGCGGCGACGGCGCUGGCGGUGGCCGGGAUGGUGGUCGCGGGGGGGUGGCGGGAGGAGCGGGCCCGGUGGGACCGGUCGGCGGCGGCCUACUGGGCCCUGGUGGCGGCCCUGGUGGCCACGUGGCAGGCCUGCUUCAUGGGCACGGCCGGCAUGGUGUACCUGACUUCGUCGCUGCACAGCGGGGUGUGCAUGACGGCCGUGCUGACGCUGAACGUGGUGGGCGGCGUCGUGGUGUUCCGCGACGCGUUCGGCGCCGAGAAGGCCGUGGCCACCGUGCUCUGCGUCUGGGGCUUCUCCUCCUACCUCUACGGGGAGUACAGCACGCAGCAGCAGCGGCAGAGGGCGCUGCAGGAGCGCGAUGGCGGCAAGGUGGCCGCCGCGAACAACGGAUCGCCUGCUGCUGCUGCUGGCGAAGCGGACAAGGACAAGAGUGUUGUUGUUACAAGUGGCGGCCUGGGCGUGGGAGGAGGCGGAGGCGCUGCGGCAGCAGCAGUUGAAACCGUUUGAUCGAGCCAGCGUUUUCUUUUCUUUUCCCGUCUUAGAGCCAUAGUAUAUGGUGGAUGGAACAGCGUCGAAAUGUCAAGGGCAGUUGUUUUGUGCAUGGCGUGGCACACGAAUUAGACACGCAUUGGAUGAUGGCACAAGUGACGAAGGUUGUGUACAUAGUGAUCGAUCGGUGGACCGGGCAUGAGCUAGGGAGGGAGUUGUUUCUAAGGUUUUACCGCUGUAAGUUUGGAUGGAUGAAAUGAAAAGGAUGGAUCGACUAGUACCUAGAA